ACCUUAUUGAAGGAAUAACUUUUGCGCCAACCAAACAAGCCACAAGUGAUGAACUAAUAUUUGAAUUCAUAAAACGGAAGAGGAGCAGGCAGACGGAAAACGCAAUUGUCAGCGUUUGGUGAAGGGGCGGCGCCAAAACGGUGCGUUUUAUUGUCACGGACGCCAAAAUCGCAGUUCAUGUAAUCAUGGAUCGUUGGUGUGGCAUUUUAAAGGUCCCUGUCUCCCCUAAUGGCAUAACUCACUGCAGAGUUGCAGCAUCUCUCUGCCUCUCCCCCACUUCCAAAAGGUUGGCUGUACCGUCUGCAAAUGCCAUCUUCUUCAAUGGAGAUCGCGUUGAAGGAACUGGGAAUCCUGUGAUUGAGAGGCUGUCAGAUCUACAAAAUAUAGCUGAAAUUCUAGUGUCAAAAUUUGGGGGUUCCAUCAAUGCUUGGGUUGUGGAGGCUCCCAUGUUUAAUGGACCUUUUGCUCUCUAUAAGGAAUUUAUCCCAUCUGUGAAUCAAUGGGGAGAGCCAAAAUUGUACAGUCCAAUUGCAUUCCCAGCUUCUGUUUCAACUGUCACACUUCUAUCGAAUUGUCUUCAAGAGGCAAAGAAUGUCAUUUCAGAAAAACAGAAAGAAGCAAGCAGUAAGGGGGCAUCUGUGUCCCAAUUCUCUCAACGCAAAACAUACCUCCUUGGAUUUAGCAAGGGUGGUACUGUUCUUAACCAGCUAGUUACUGAACUAGGCUUUUCAGAAGUCAGAUCCAGUGGAAUUUCACCUAACACUGGAGAACCGAGGAUGCGCGGAGAGCCUCCUAAUAUCCAUGAAGAGAAUCAAAUCAUACCCAACUCAAAAGAAAGCCUCCUAAACAGCGUCACUGAGAUCCAUUAUGUGGACGUGGGCCUAAACUCUGCUGGCGCAUAUCUCACUGAUGGUAAUGUAAUUGAGAGAAUAUCAAAACGACUUGUUCAAGGAGCUGAAGGCAUUCGGUUUGUCCUUCAUGGAACUCCAAGGCAAUGGUGUGACCAAAGGCGAGUUCUGAUCCAGAAUGAAAAAAAUAGGUUGGUGCAGUUGCUUGAAUCUGCAGCUCAAAUGAGUGGAGGGAAACUACAGGUACAUCAGAGAUUUUAUUUUGCAGAUAGGCCUUCUGAUCUGCAGAUGCAUUUUGAAAUCAUUGAGAACUUGGAUGUUAGCUGACUUCUGUAAAUUUGGUCAUGAGGAGCACAUCUCCGCAGGCUUGAGAACAGGGCGGUUGUAGAACUUGCUUUUGCAAUUUUCCAUAGGUAGUGGCAUAAUUAGACGAAUUGUUCAUAAAUAUAAUCCUGAUUUAUUUUGUUGCCA